CUGCCCCCCCGGGGCCCCGCGGCCCGGCCAUGGCCACCAGGAAGGCGGGCUCGCGCCUGGAGACGGAGAUCGAGCGGUGCCGCUCGGAGUGCCAGUGGGAGCGGAUUCCCGAGCUCGUCAAGCAGCUCUCGGCCAAGCUCAUCGCGAACGAUGACAUGGCAGAGCUUCUCCUUGGGGAGUCCAAACUAGAACAAUUUUUGAAGGAAAAUACUCUUAAACAGAGUAGUAGUCCACGGGGCCCCCAGCCAAAACUGACUGAGGUCAGGAAACAUCUCACGGCAGCUCUUGAUAGGGGAAAUCUAAAGCCAGAAUUCCUACAGGAAGCUAACCUAAUUAUGGCCAAAUUGAACUAUGUGGAAGGUGAUUAUAAAGAAGCUCUGAAUACAUAUGCCAGAGUUGGCAUUGAUGACUUGCAGCUCACUGCAGUGCCACCAUAUAGGCUACGGAUGAUUGCUGAAGCAUAUUCUACAAAAGGUCUCUGUCUUGAGAAGUUGCCAAUUUCUUCCUCAGCUAGCAAUCUCCAUGUGGACCGUGAACAAGAAAUUGUUACAUGCUACGAGAAGGCUGGAGAUAUUGCUCUCCUGUACCUUCAGGAGAUAGAAAGGGUAAUUAAUGCCAAUAUACAAAACAGAAGCCCUAAGCCAGGGCCCACUGCACAUGAACAAGAACUUGGUUUUUUCAUGGAAACAGGACUGCAAAGAGCACAUGUUUUAUAUUUUAAGAAUGGGAACUUGACAAGAGGAGUUGGUAGAUUUAGAGAGUUACUAAGAGCUGUUGAAACAAGAACUACACAAAACCUGCGAAUGACAAUAGCGAGACAACUCGCGGAAAUUUUGUUACGAGGUAUGUGUGAACAGAGUUACUGGAAUCCACUGGAAGAUCCUCCUCACCAAUCACCCCUAGAUGAUCCACUUCGAAAAGGUUCAAAUACUAAGAAUUAUGCACUCAGUAGAAGACCACGUGUAUACACUGGAGAAAACAUCUUCUGUCCUCAAGAAAAUACAGAGGAAGCCUUACUGUUGCUGCUUAUUAGUGAAUCUAUGGCUAACCGUGAUGCUGUACUAAGCAGAAUACCUGAACACAAAAACGAUCGUAUCAUCAGUUUGCAAAGUGCAUCUGUCGUCUACGAUUUACUUACUAUAGCCUUGGGAAGAAGAGGCCAGUAUGAAAUGCUCUCAGAGUGUUUAGAAAGAGCCAUGAAGUUUGCAUUCGAGGAGUUCCAUCUCUGGUAUCAAUUUGCGUUGUCCUUGAUGGCAGCGGGAAAAUUGGAAGAAGCUGAAAGAUUUGCCAAGGCAGUUGUUGAUCUUGGGGACAAAACAUCAGAGUUCAAAGCAAAAGGCUACUUGGCACUGGGAUUGACUUACAGUCUGCAGGCCACUGAUGCAUCUUUGCGAGGGAUGCAAGAGGUCUUGCAGAGAAAGGCUCUUCUUGCAUUUCAGAGGGCUCACAGUUUGUCUCCAACGGAUCAUCUGGCAGCGUUUUACUUGGCACUCCAGCUUGCCAUAUCCAGACAGAUACCAGAAGCUUUGGGUUAUGUUCGUCAGGCUCUGCAACUACAAGGAGAUGAUGCCAACUCUCUUCAUCUCCUUGCACUCUUACUAUCAGCCCAGAAACAUUAUCAUGAUGCUUUGAAUAUCAUUGAUAUGGCCUUGAGUGAAUAUCCAGAAAAUUUUAUAUUACUGUUUACAAAAGUCAAAUUGGAGUCUCUGUGCAGAGGCCCAGAUGAAGCACUCCUUACGUGUAAACACAUGCUCCAGAUUUGGAAAUCGUGCUACAAUCUCACUAACCCAAGUGACUCCGGCCGCGGGAGCAGCCUGUUAGACAGAGCUAUUGCUGACAGACGGCAGCUUAAUACAAUUACAUUACCAGAUUUCAGUGAUCCUGAAACAGCCUCUGAUACUUCCUCAUCUUCUCUCUCAAGAACAGAGUCUCCUCUCCAACUGUUUGUAUCUUCUCAUCUUCCUCAUCCUCAUCCUAAACCAGAUAUCUUUAUCUGGCCCCAUGCAGCCUCUCCAUACUGUGACCAAGUUCCUGAGCCCCGUACACCUACUCGCUGCAAUCCAUCAGAUGCUUACUUUCAUGGUUUUUACUCCCUUUUUUCAGUUUGUUCAGUCCAUGCCACAUCAAUAGCAGCUUCCAGAGUGGAGCAAGCAUUGUCCGAGGUUGCUUCAUCUCUGCAAAGCAGUGCCCCUAAACAAGGUCCCCUGCAUCCUUGGAUGACUCUGGCUCAAAUAUGGCUUCAUGCAGCUGAAGUCUACAUAGGGAUUGGGAAGCCUGCUGAGGCCACAGCGUGUACCCAGGAAGCAGCUAAUCUCUUUCCCAUGUCCCACUAUGUUCUCUACAUGAGAGGUCAGGUGUCUGAACUUCGUGGAAAUAUUGAUGAAGCCAAACGCUGGUAUGAAGAGGCCUUAUCUAUUAGUCCUACACAUGUGAAAAGCAUGCAGAGGCUGGCUCUGAUACUUCACCAGCUCGGGCGCUAUAGCUUGGCAGAGAAGAUUCUCAGAGAUGCCGUCCAGGUCAACUCUACAGCCCACGAGGUCUGGAACAGCCUGGGAGAGGUGCUACAGGCUCAAGGCAAUGAUGAUGCUGCAACUGAAUGCUUCCUGACGGCACUGGAGCUUGAAGCGAGCAGUCCUGUGGUUCCUUUUACCAUCAUUCCCAGAGUCCUUUGACAGGGCAUCCUGAUCAACCGAUUUUUGGUCUGACUUCUGGAUGAGGAGACCCAGUGUAUCAGACUGCCUGGUAACUGGUGUAGUUUGAGAACCUUUAGAGCAAAGAACCUUUAGGUCUUUGGCAGGCAAGUGGCCAAAACAGUGAGGUGACACAACACAUUAAUGUUGGACUGAGAGGAUGGAAUGGUGAAGCCAGAGCCAAAUCACUCAUAUCGCCUGCGGUUUUGCCCUGGUAGUUUUAAAACAUCAUUAUGUUGUUCAUGGAUGAUGUGCCAUAUUUUGUUAGUGAUACUUGAGUGUUACAUAAAAUUAUAAUGGAAUCAACUACCGAUUGUAGAAUAAGUUAAAAUUCAGUGGCAGAGCAGACUAUUUUUAACAAGGCUGUUAAUAAAACUGUUCUCUUCCUGCCUCUCAAUCUCUUUUGGCCUAAAGUCAAAAUGUGAAUUUUCUGUUUCCAUCUCUAUUUUAGUCCAGGCCAGAAAAUCAGUUGAGUUCUUGGUUUUAGUUGUUAAUAACUGUGAUGUGUGGCUAACUGUUAUCUAGAGCAAAGGCUGAGUACAAGAAUAUUUAUAUUUUACGAUGUAUGCCUGUUACAAAAAUAUAUAUUAGUUAUUUAAGUUUAACUUUUUUAUGUGAAUUCAGAGUUUAUUUAUCAAUGGAAAUAUGUAAAAAGAAGCCUCAAAUGGAAUAUUUACCGACAUUCCUUAUACAUGACCCACACUUGGCUAAAUGGGAAGAUAAUGUUAAUAAUAAAAUGAUUUUUAAAUGGAA